AUGCCUUUCAAGCGACCAUUGGGAGAACGAAUUGAAAAUAAAACUUUGCCAAAUUUCAUACGUCCACUUCAAGAUAAGCGUGUGGUAGUUGGCCAAAAUGUUCUAUUAGAAUGUCAGGUAGCAGGUCAACCUGAUCCGGUUGUAAAAUGGCUUAAAGACGAUCAUGAUGUUACACAAUGUCCUGAUUACGAGAUUUCAAGUAUUGGUGUUAAGCAUCAUUUAGCAAUUAAAAAUGUGCAAGCAUCCGACAACGGUCGUUUUACGGUUCAAGCAAUGAAUGCAGCUGGUAUUAAGCAGUCUACUUGUAUGCUUAUUGUUGCACCAGCGCCAACACCUAUUCCAGGCGCAAAAAGUGUCGCAAAUUCACCAGCACCACCACAAACGCCUAUUGGUCCUUCAGCGCCAAUUUUUCUCAAAGAUUUAAAAAAUUCACCGUUGAAACCAGGCUCACAGAUUAUAUUAGAGGCACGUGUAGUUGGUCACCCAGAACCACACGUGGAAUGGUUUAAAAAUGGUUCAUCAAUUAAUAAUUAUCGUGUGAAAACAGAAUAUGACGCUCGAACAGGUAUUUGUGCAUUAAUUAUACCUCAAAUGUUCGCUGAUGAUAUUGGCGAAUAUACAUGUCGGGCGAAUAAUACCCAUGGAGUUGCCGAAUCAUCCGCAAAGUUAAUGCCACGAGAUGAAUUCGAGAAAUGGUUUUAUGAGCAACAAUCAUUGAUUACAACCGAACGAAAGCAAGCUAUGCUUGCACAAACACAAAAGCAAAAGCUAGAAACAAAUUUGCCAAUUUCACGGCAAACAUUCCAACAGCGACAAACUGUCAUUCAGCAACGUCCAGCAACUAUUGCACAACGUCAAACAAAAUUUGUUCAAAAUGGCACUUUUGAUUGUGAUAGUACUACUGAAAUUCCUUGGGGUCUUAGUGAAAGUGAGACAGAAGCAGAACUUGCGUCAAUUGAUUCACGUGGUUUUGGCGGACCGCCACGAAUGCAAACACCGCUGAAAGGUUUACGAUUAACAGAAGGCACCGAUGCUUUAUUACAAUGCAAUAUUACGGGAAAUCCUAAACCUAAGGUUACGUGGUUAAAGAAUGGAAAAAUUGUGGAUUUGAUUAAUUCAAAAGGAAUUAUGGCCGUAUUUAAGGGAUCUCUGGCACUUCUGAAGAUUUCAUCGGUGGUACCUAAGGAUAGUGGAGAAUACACACUUGUUGCGGAAAAUUAUUACGGAAAGGUUGAGAGUAAAGCGCUUGUUGAAGUAUAUCCGUUGUAUAUACCGAAUGAGCAGCGAUCACCACCUGUUGAACAAUUUCAACAAUUUUACCCGGUAGAAAGUAAUUACGAACAAUCUCAUCAAUUAAAGCAGCACUGGCAAGAGAGCAAUCAAACGAAACAGCAACAACAGCGCCAACCAAUCAGACAUUUACCGCAGCAAACACAUUACGCUCAAACGGCAAUUUCUCAUCCACAGGUUUAUAAUCAACCAAAAGUAUACCACGCUCAGUACACGCAGCCUGAAUACGAACGGCGAUAUCUACAAUCUGCUUAUCACCCUUAUCAGACUUAUCAACAGCAAUUUUACGAGCAACCAUAUCAAAUAUCAGAACUACCACAAUCAGAAGAACAGUAUCACGAUAAAUUUGAAGAGCAUCGACCUUUCUUACCACGUCCUACUUAUCAGCAGCAGCGGCAUCAGCAGCGGCAGCAACAGCAGCGGCAGCGGCAGCAGCUUCCUUCACCAGCGCAAUUGAAUUCGCAGUUGCAGUACCAGCAGCAGUACGAACAGCAUCACCCGUAUCAUACAUAUUUUGAUAAUAUCGAACAGAGCCGAUACUAUCAGAAUAUGCCUCUUGUUGAGCGGAUUGCACCUCAGCGAAGGUUUACGGCUGGUCAAGAUUAUGCUGUUCAAAAUGGACAAGCAAAGCAUAUUGGUCAGAGUGAAAAACCACCACAAUUUAGUACCAUUCCAUCUUCAACAACAGUGAAUGCUGGUGAAUCAGUCACAUUUGCAGCCAAAACAGCAGGUCAGCAAGUACCAAGUCUUAAUUGGUAUCGCUCUGAUGGCAGUCAUAUUACAACUGGUGGGCGCUAUGUGGUUGACAUUUUAAACGAUGGUUCCACAAAGUUGACCAUCAACAAAUGCACAAUUGAGGAUAGUGAUACUUAUUUGUGCGUUGCAGAAAAUGAAGGUGGUGCUGUACAGCUACGUUGUUCACUUAAUGUUCUUGAACAGAAAUCGAGUGGUGCUCCACAGUUUGUUGGUAAAUUUCAGUCUGUAACAAUUUACGAAGGAGAUUCGUUGACACUUUAUUGCAAAGCAAUUGGUGCGAAACUUCGAAUGAGUUGGUCCAAAGAUGGUAUACCACUGAAAAAUGGUGGCUCAUUUAAAAUCGAUGAUAAGGGAAACGGUGAGACAACUUUACAAAUUCUUAACGCUAAAAUGGCUGAUGGUGGUUGGUACCAAUGUGAUGCUACAAAUGAAUGUGGAACAUCUUCAUUGAAAGGACGCAUAGUUGUUCAGACUCGUCAAAAAUUGGAUUUAGUAAAUCAGGACCAAAUUACACUGAGAAAAGUUGAUCGUCGUAUGGCUAGGCAUGGUAGUAAAAUGGAAAUAGAUAAUAAUGAAUUACGAGAAGCUUCCAAACAACCGCCAAAAUUUUUGGAUACAAUUAAAAAUUUAAGUUUGAUUGAAGGUCAAACUGCUUUGCUUAGCUGUAAGUAUUCACCACCAGAUGAUCCGAAUUUAAAAAUAGCUUGGCUAAUAAAUGGAAAGGCAGUGAUGACUAGUUCACGUCUGUCAACAGUGGCUGAAAAUGGUUAUGCUGCUUUGGAAAUUAAUCCAGUUAAAAUGUUUGAUCAAGGUGAAUAUACCAUCGUGGCUGUGAAUACACUCGGUGAAGCGCGACAGUCUGCAGUUGUUAAUAUUAUAGGGCAUCGUAGUGCUUUAGCAGAUGCCUCCAAUGUUACGCUUUAUGAUCGGUCUCAAGCUAGCAAAGUAGCUACAAGAAUUGCCGAAAUGCCUAAUUUCCAUGCAGAGCUGCGAUCAAUGGAAGUUUUUGAUGGCCAGCAUGUCCAUUUGGAAGCGAAAUUUUCACCAGCUGAUGAUGCAAAUGUAAAAAUUGUGUGGUUUUUCAAUGGGAAACCAUUGAAACAAAGUGAUAAUAUACAAAUGUCUAAUGGUUUUGGAUUGGUUACGCUAGAUAUUUUCAACAUUACACUAGCAGAAGCUGGCAAUUAUACAUGUCAGUUGUCAAAUGAAGUGGGUAUUAUGGAAUCAACAGCUACCGUACUUGUUCAGCCUCGUGUAAAAGAUUUCGAACAGAGAAAUAUAGUAGAUGUGGAAGAUGCCCGUGAAUAUCGACUUGAAAUUGAUGCUUCAGCUCAUCCACCAGUCUUCCUUACAAAUCUAUCAAAUUGUCACUGCAAUCAAGAGCUUGGCAGUUCAUAUUUUGAAGCACGUAUUGCACCCGUAAAUGAUCCUACAUUGAAAGUAAUUUGGCUGAAAGAUGGACAACCUCUGCCAAAUGCUAACAGAAUCCAAACAUUCAAUAAUUUUGGUUGCGUAUCCUUAACAUUGAAUCCGACAUAUCCAGAAGAUGAAGGCGUUUAUACUUGCGUUCUGAAGAAUUUACGUGGCCAAGCUCAAAGUGCAGCUCAGCUCACUACACUGCACACUACCAAUUUGCAACUUGAAUCUAAGCAUGAACAAUCAUUAGCUCAGAUCGGAUAUCUUGAGGGACAUCAGGUUCACAUUGGGCCACCAUCCGUGGAAAGACCGGAAGAAUUUAACAGUAUGGAACAACCACGUUUUGCACGUCAAUUAGAAAGCCACAUUGAAGUAAAUGAAAAUGAACCAGUGCAUUUCGAAGCACGGAUCCAACCCGCAAGUGACGUGAAAAUGGUUGUUGAAUGGUACCACAAUGGCGCACCUUUACCAGCAGCACACAGACUGAGACCAAUGUUCGAUUUUGGUUAUGCUGCUCUGGAUAUUCUGUAUGCAUUCCCUGAGGAUUCUGGGAUCUAUACAUUGAUUGCCAGGAAUGAACUAGGUGAAGUGCAAUCAAACCUCGAAUUGAUCGUCAAUUCGGAGAAAUCUCUUUAUCUGGAUGCCCAUCAUCCGGAAGGACUCGAUCGGAUUCAGGAGUUGGAACAAAGUCGCAUUCGUCCACUGGAAUAUCCAGCUGACCGUGAAUGUGAUCAUGAGCCGCGAUUCAUCGGUGAUUUGCAUGAUUUGGAGUUGAACGAAAACGAAAAUAUUCACUUUGCUUUAAAGUUGGAACCGAUGAAUGAUCCUACGAUGAAAGUAGAAUGGUACGUUAAUGGACGUCCACUUUUGAUUAGUUCUCGUGUCCGAACUCAAUGUGAAUUCGGUUUUUUAACGACUGAUAUUCGUGGGGCUAUUCCGGAAGAUUCUGGAAUUUAUGCCAUAAAAGCAACAAAUGCGCUGGGUGAAGGAACAAAGGAAUGCAGAGUAACCGUAAAACCACAUGCAACUAUACUUUCUGAGACGCAACAUCAAGAAAGUUUGGGCAAAAUCCAUCAAAUCGAGAAUUUACAUAAGUAUGGUCGACAGGAAGUGGAGGAUAUAGGCCCUCAGGAACCGCCAUGCUUCACAAAACCAUUACCUGGCGAUAUUGGUGAAGUGGAAGAGGGAGAGCCACUUCAUCUGGAAUGUCAAAUAAUUCCAGUAAAUGAUAACACAUUACACGUUAGCUGGUUAAAGGAUGGGAAGCCAAUUCCCACAGGACAUAGAUUCCGUACCUUCCAUGAUUUUGGUUUCGUUUCUUUGGAUAUUUUGGAUGUCUAUGCUGAAGAUUCGGGAACAUACACGUGUGUUGCAAAGAAUGCGCUCGGACAAGCGAACUCAUCCAUUACUUUCACAUGCAAGGAUAAAGAACGGAUUCUUGGUCAAACACAGCAUCCGAGCAGUGUUGCUAAAAUUCAACAAAUUGAAGCACCAAAGCCGGUCCCACAAGAAGUUCCGGACGUAAUAAAAGAAGCACCAAAAUUCAUCAAGCAUAUUGGUAUCGGUGAAAUGAUAUAUGUUACUGAAGGUGACAAUGUUUAUCUGGGAGCACAAAUCACUCCUGUUGAUGAUAAUUCCUUAACGUAUGAAUGGCUUUUAAAUGGCAGGCCGUUAAUGAAAGCACACCGUUUUGUGCUUACUCAUGAUUUCGGGUUUAUUGCACUCAAUAUUUUAUACAUGUAUCCAGAAGAUAGUGGUACUUAUACUCUGGUUGUGAAAAAUGCAGCUGGUGAAGCACAGUCUGUUGCUGAUAUUGACUGUAAAGCUAAAGGAAGCAUGAUAACUGAAUCCUUCCAUCCUAAUUCAGUACAACGUAUUCGUGAACUAGAAAUGCCGUUACAAUCACCGGAUGAACGCCCGGAAGCACCUCGAAUGGCACCACGGAUUGUACGAACUCUACCACCACAAAUGGAUAAUAUCCAUGAAAGUCAAACACUUCAUUUAGAAGCACAAAUUCUACCUGUCGAUGAUAAUCAACUCAAGGUUGAAUGGCUUCAUAACGGACACCCAUUGAAAGCUGGUAGCCGUUAUCGCUUGAUGAAUGAUUUCGGCUUCGUAUCUCUGGACAUUGAUUAUGUUAUCGCAGAAGAUGCUGGGACAUAUACAUUGCUUGUCACAAAUCCAGAGGGUCGUGCUGAGACAAGCACACAAUUUAAUGUGGAACGAUUGAAAAAUAUUUAUUUGGACACCGAACACCCUGAAAGCUUACGACGGAUCCAGGAAAUUGAAGCAGUACAACCAGCAAAACCAUCUGAAGAAGAAUUAAUGCCUGAAAAGCCAUCUUUCAUUCAGCAAUUGAGCGGUCCUAAAGAAGUCCUUAGAGAAGGACAAUCAGUGCACAUGGAUUGCAUGGUGCAACCAAUUAAUGACCCUAAUUUAAAGAUUGAAUGGUUCCUUAAUGGUUAUCCAAUUAUGUUUGGAUCACGCAUUCGAACUAUGCAUGACUUCGGCUACGUAGGCCUUGAGUUCCUACAUAUUCAUCCUGAAGAUUCGGGUACUUACACAUGCAAAGCUAGUAAUGCAGCUGGUGAAGCAACUACUGAAUUUUUCAUCGAAUGCAAACCACGAAGAAAUAUCUAUCUUGAUACUCAGCAUGCAGAUUCAUGGGCGAAAAUCCAGGAGAUAGAAAAUUAUGAACCACCACGUGAACCAUCGCCUGAACUUUCGUUUCCACCACCAACUUUCACUGUACCAUUACAAAAUUUCGAUGGUAUCUUUGACGGUGAAAGUGUUAGAUUAGAAUGUAGACUGCAACCAGUUAAUGAUCCGACACUGAAAGUAUAUUGGACCAAAAAUGGAUUACCGUUGCCGGAAGGAAGUCGUUUCAUGCCUGCACGUAAUUUGGAUUAUGUUACUUUGGAUCUGUUGGCUGUGUAUGGCGAAGAUUCCGGAAUCUAUUCAUGCCGAGCAGUUAGUGAAUUUGGAGAAGCAACAACUUCAUGUACCGUUACAUGCCAACCAACGGAAUCACUGCUUUUGAAUACUCAGCAUCAAGAGUCUUGGAAUCAAAUUCAAGAUAUAGAAAACCGUCGUCCCCAAGAACCGAUUUACCUUGAACCUGAAAAAAUAAAGCCAAGAUUUGUUGUGGCUUUGCCUGCGCAAAUUGGUGAAUUCAGUGAAGGCGAACCCAUUCAUCUGGAAGGACAGAUAGAACCAACGAGCGAUAAUGAACUCACGGUAGAGUGGUAUCAAAACGGUCAACCGCUCGCAAAUGGACAUCGUUUCCGGAAAACGCACGAUUUUGGAUAUGUUUCGUUGGACAUUCUCUAUGCUUUUCCUGAAGAUAGUGGCGAAUGGACAUGUGUAGUCAGUAAUAGUUUGGGAGAUGCACACUCAACAGCAGUGUUUAAAAUUAUCGGCAAGAAAGUAAUCAACAGUGAAAGCCAACAUCCAGAAAGUUUGCAAAGAAUUCGAGAAAUCGAAGCACCAAAAGAAGUAGCACCAGAACCACCCGAAUUAAAGCCUUUGGCACCUCAGUUCAUACAACCGAUGGAAGCCAUCGAAAGGAUCGAAGGCCAACCAGCCCACUUUGAAACGAGGGUAACACCAAUUAACGAUCCAAAGAUGAGAAUACAGUGGUUCAAAGAUGGUGUUCCUCUAUUAAACAGUAAUCGAUUCCAUCAUACAUCUGAUUUUGGAUUUAUCGGAUUGGAUAUUUCAUAUACUGUUCCGGAAGAUGCUGGUAUAUAUACGGUUGUAGCAACAAACGAACAAGGACAGGACCAAGUAGAAGGGCAGCUUUAUGUUGAGACCAGAUCAGCCAUUCUUGGCGAUACGCAGCAUGAGAGUAGCUGGCAAAAGAUUCAAGUAUUGGAACAGCCGAAAAAAGGGCCUGAAGAGGCUCCAGAAUCUAUUCACGGGUCACCUCAUUUUACUCGACAAUUAAAUUCUAAUGAAAAUCUUAUUGAGGGACAACCAGCGCACUUCGAGGCACAAUAUGAACCUAUUAAUGAUCCACAGCUAGCAAUUUUAUGGUUUCAUAAUGGUCGUCCAUUAGCUGCUGGUAGUCGUAUUUCAAUGAGAAAUGAAUUUGGUUUGGUAACCCUCGACAUACAUUAUGUUUUACCGGAAGAUAUAGGUGAAUUCCGUUGCUUGGUAAGAAAUGCAAUGGGUGAGGAUCAAACAUCCGGCAAUUUGCAGUGCCAGACUCGAGCAAGUAUCCUUGCGGAAGUACAACAUCCAGAAAGCUGGAAACGAAUUCAAGAAAUUGAAGCGCCAAAAGUUGUUCCAACUGUUCCAGAAUCAACAGUUUAUGCAAAACCUACUUUUACACAACCCUUGAAAAGUAUAGCUGAUGUGCCGGAAGGGAGUGCUGUUCUUCUAGAAGCAAGGGUUAUACCUGUUAAUGAUCCCAAACUACAAAUUCAAUGGUUCCAUAAUGAUGCCCCGUUGCAACAGAGUAGCUGGCAUACAAUGACCAAUGAUUUUGGAUGUGUCACUUUGCGCAUCUCACCCGUUUAUUCGCACCACUCUGGUGUCUACUCAUGUAAAGCAGUAAAUGAACAAGGAGCAGCUGUAACAAGCGCAAAUAUAUCUAUUCUGGGUGCGGAUAGUUUGGUGGUAGAUACUCAACAUCCAGAUUCUUUGAAAAGAAUCCAAGAAUUGGAAUCGGUUGAUAAAAACAUGCGCUUGGAAGUACCCGAACCGGAGUUCGGCAAACCAAAUUGGAUUAAAGCUUUUGACAACAUUGAUAACUUGCAAGAAGGUGAAAUUGUUCACUUGGUUGGAUGUGUAGAACCAGUUGGUGAUCCGCACUUGAAGAUCGAAUGGUAUCUGAAUGGCGCUCCUCUGAAGAAUUCAAAUCGCUAUCGUCAUGAAAAUGAUUUUGGAAAUAUCACGUUAACAGUAGUUCAUGUUCUUCCGGAAGAUUCUGGAGUAUAUACAUGCAAAGCAAUAAAUAAACAGGGUGAAGCUACUACCAGUGCUACAGUGAAAGUUGCUGGUUAUGAAUCAAUAGUGCGUGAUGCUCAACAUCCAAUAUCCUGGGAAAAGAUCCAGAUUCUUGAAACACCGAUAGUAAUUGAAGAAAUUGAGGAAACGAUAGAAAAGGAGAAACCGCGCUUUCUCACACAACUCGAGUCGGCAACUGAUAUUUCUGAAGGUGCCGUCGUGCAUCUGGAAGCAACAUUCCAACCUGCUCGUGAUCCUGAUCUUAAAGUAGUCUGGCUACGUAAUGGGCAACCGCUUGGUGCUAGUCAGCUGAUAAAAACAAGAAGCGAACUGGGCUGGGCAGCUCUGGAUAUUGGUGGUGUUAAUCCCGAUCAUAAUGGUGUCUAUACACUUAAGAUUAUAAACAGCGAAGGAGAAGCAGCUUCAUCUGCAUCUAUUAAGGUCGCUGGUAUUGGAGACAUUUUAUUGGAUACCACACAUGAAGAGUCGUGGCGUAGAAUCCAAGAAAUUGAAGCACCAAAAGAAAAGACACCUGAACCACCACCGCCGGUUUAUGACACUCCAUCAUUUCAUGAGCAAAUUUCUGAUGUUGAAUGCGGUGAAGGUGAACCAUCACACUUCGAGGCUGUCGUUAUACCAAUUAAUGAUCCCAAUUUGCAAGUUACUUGGUUUCGCAAUGGACAGCCAUUGGCACAUGGCUCGAAAUAUGCUAUAUCACGGGACUUCGGCUUUUGCACUUUGGAUAUCAGCUAUACAUAUCCUGAAGACCAAGGUGUAUAUCAGUUACGUUUAACAAACGAAAAUGGGGAGGCAGUUUCUAGUGCUACACUGAAGUGUCAUCCAAAGGAGGCAAUAUAUGGGGACACCCAGCACAUGGAGUCAUGGAUACGAAUACAGGAACUAGAAGCACCGAAAGCACCGAAGCCAGAAAUGCCGCCACCUCCUAAAAUAUUACCUCGAUUUCUUACAAAUAUCCAAAGCCCCGGCGGCGAUUUAUAUGAAGGGCAACCAGCGCACUUUGAAGUUACCGUAGAACCAGUAGAUGAUCCUGAUCUUAAAAUACAGUGGUUCUUGAAUGGAAAUCCGAUAUCAGCUAGCUCAAGAAUAAAGAUGAUUAACGAUUUUGGUUGGAUUAUUAUGGACAUAAAUGCAACUGAGUCACGGGACAGUGGCGAAUGGACAUGUGUCGUGUCAAAUGAAGUCGGCGAAGCGAAAAGUUCUGCAUCCAUUAAUGUUUUAAGCAAAGAAAGCAUCGUUUCUGAUUCAAUGCAACCACAGAGUCUUGAAAGAAUUAUGGAAAUGGAAGCUGAGAAACCAAUUCCUUAUGAAGCUCCACCGAAAAUAUUCGAUCCACCUCAAAUUACUGUUCAUCUACAGAAGCCAGAAGAUCUUACUGAAGGUGACAGCACUCAUUUAGAAGCUCAAUUCACACCGGUUGAUGAUCCAAAUCUCAAAGUAGAAUGGUUCCGUGAUGCUAAACCCUUGUUUCAUGCAAAUCGAUAUAAAAUGGUUCAAGACUUUGGCUUUGCAAUACUUGAUAUCCUGCAUCUCUUUGCACAGGAUGCUGGUGAGUACACUGUAAAAGUUACUAAUUCUGCAGGUGAAGCGAGUUCAUCAACCAUUUUAGAAAUUGCAUCAAAAGAGGCUCUUUUACUGCAACCUCAGGAUGAAGGUAAAGCAAAAGCAAUUGAACGACUAGAAUAUAAUCUGCAUUUGAAACCGGAAGAGAAAAUUGUAGAAGAGCAGAAAACUGUUCCUGUAUUUAUCGAACCUCUUUCUGCUCCUGUCACUUGCGAGGAAGGGGAUCGUGUUCAUUUCACUGCCCGAUAUGAACCACUGAAUGAUAAUCAGUUGCAGAUCCAGUGGUAUCUGAAUGGAAAACCGUUAAAAACAGGAAGUCGUGUCAAAACAAUCAAUGAUUUUGGUUUUGUUAUUUUGGAAAUAUCGCCAUCAUAUCCUGAAGAUUCGGGCGAAUAUACAUGCCGUGCCAUUAACAAGGUUGGUGAAGCAGUGACCAGCACACAGCUGACAUGUAAUCCGAAGCAGAAAAUCAUCACAAAGUCGCAGCUUCCAGAUAGUAUGUCUGGUGCUUAUAAGAAAAUCAUUGAAAUUGAGGCUCCGAAAAUACCUGUUCCUGAGAAGCCAGAAUUUGAUUAUGAAGCACCAAGGUUCUUAACCCAGUUGCAGUCACUGACGAAUUUGUCAGAAGGACAGCUAGCGCAUUUGGAGGCACGCGUGGAACCAGUAGGUGAUCCGAACUUAAAGAUUGAAUGGUUCCAUAAUGAACAUCCUGUCGGACACACAGCUCGAAUGAAAACAAUCCAUGAUUUUGGUUUUGUGGUUCUGGAAUUAAUCCCUGCAGAGCCACAAGAUUCAGGCAAAUGGGUAUGUCGUGCGAGUAACAGGAAAGGACAAGCCGAGACAUCAUGUGAUAUGCAGGUCAAAGGUAUGGGUGGUGUUGUAUCCGAAUGGCAGAGUACUGCUGAAGGCAAAGAUCGUAUUGAAAAGUUGGAAGAAUAUAUCCAUCGGCCAAGAGAUCAAUUGGAUCAGCCAGUUAGAGAGUUUGAUGCACCGUAUUUCACCCAAAAUCUCGUUGAUCUUGGUCAGAUGAAUGAAGCAGAGGCAACAGCGUUUACUUGUGUGUUGCAACCAAUUGGUGAUCCGUCACUUCGCAUUGAAUGGCUUCAUAACGGACAUUCUAUACCCUAUUCCAAUCGAAUACAUAUGUCAAACGAUUUUGGUGUCGCUACACUGUUGAUUAAACAUCUGAUAAGCGAAGACAGUGGCGAAUACAAGUGUAUAGCUUAUAAUUCUAAAGGUAAGGCAGAAAGUAUUGGUCAUAUUGAAGUUGCAUCCAUCAUCCAAGUCGAUGCGCCACAAAUAAUUCAACCACUCGUUGAAAACAUUGAUGGAGUUGAGCAAGGCGACUCUAUUCACAUGGAAUGUCGUGUAUCACCGAUCAAUGAUUCGAAAUUGACAAUUAACUGGUUGAAAGAUGGCAAACCACUCGCGGAAGCUUCACGGUUUAAGCCAUCAUGCGAAUUUGGUUUCGUGACGCUUGAUAUUCUAUAUGCACUUCCGGAAGACAGUGGCGUUUAUGAAUGUAUUGUUAUGAAUGAUAAAGGCGAAGCGUCCACUGAAACUCAUGUCACGGUUCUUUCAAAACCAAGCGUAGAAUUUGCGCCGCAAGCACCCGGGGCCAAUAUGGAAAAUCUUGAGAAUCAUCUGCGUCAACACACCCGUGUUCCUUUGGCGCUUAGCAAAGAGGAUGCUUACAAUGAAGCUACAAAGCGACCGCCUGAGUUUAAAACUAAUUUGACGAAUAUUGGUGUUGAGGAGGGCGAUUAUUGCCGUUUCGAAACGCAAAUUGCACCAAUUAAUGACCCGUAUAUGAAAGUAGAAUGGUUUAAGGAUGGAAAACCCGUUUUGAUUGGCCAUCGAUUCCGUUCAAUGUUAGAUUUUGGAUUUGCAUGCUUAGAUGUCCUCUACGCAUUACCCGACGAUACUGGUGAAUAUAUUUGUGUUGCUACAAAUCCAUAUGGAAAAGCAACAACAUCAGCGAAAUUGGCUUGCUCAGGUUCUAAACACAUUGUUACUGAAAGCCAACUUCCGCAGGGUGUUCUAGUUUCUGAUGUUAAGAAACUUGGUGAUCAGCCGUAUUGGUCGGAACACAUGAGCGAACAACGGCGCGAAAAGCAACCACCGAGGUUUACAAUCAAACCUAUGAAUAUUCAGGCAGUAGAAAAUGAACCUGCAAGAUUUGAGUGUGCAGUAAUCGGUAAUCCAAAACCGAAAAUUAUUUGGUAUAUAAACGGAAAUCAAGCCAUACAUGGAAGCAGAUAUAAGCUACAUUAUGACGGAAUUCAUUAUUUGACAAUUUCGAAGACAAAAAUAUCGGAUGCUGGUGAAAUCGUUGUGAUUGCGAAGAACUCAGAAGGUGAGGUACUUGCUUCUGCAAUGCUGGACGUUUAUCAGACCAAGGAUUUCCGACAUGUUAAACUAAAGCCGACGUCUUUCAUGACCAUAGAUGAACUGCACGAGAGAGAAGUCAGAUGGCAGAAGGAAGUUCUAGGCUCUCUUGGAGAAGCCUUUGAGAAAGCACCAAAAGCUGACCAGCAAAAAUUGAUGAGAAUUGAACGGUCGAAGUCACCUACCGAACCUCUUGAAAGUGAAGAACUUAUCGAGAAGUUUACCAAACCUAAGAACGAACAGUUCUAUAAUCAACUUACUUAUAUCGAGACGACUCGUCCAACCUUUGAAAGCAUGAAGUUGGAAGAUGUAACUUUGAAGCCUGGACACAUUGAGAAAUACGAGCCAGCGAAAGAAACGAUGGAGCGAGUAGAACUAAGAGCUGCUCCAAAAGUGGAAAAAGAAGCAGCGCCUGCAGGUGCUAGUGUACCAAAGCCGCAAUGGGCAAUCGAAAAGAAACUUGGCAACGUUGAGUCACGAUUCCGACGGCUGCCUGAGCAAGAAAAAGAGGUAAUGGUACCGGCACGCGACCAGGUGAAAUUUAAAUUGACGAAACCAAAACCGGCAACUGAAUUACCAUCCGCCCAACACGUGGAGAUUCAGAAGGAAAAAGCGAAAUUGGCAUCUGUAAAACAAAAACCGGAGGCACCUAAACAGGUUGAAGUGCCGGCAAAAGAUCAGGUAAAGAUAAAACAGAAAUUCCAGCCGAAAGUAAUGAAACCGUCAGAAGCAUCAGUUAUUGAAAGUGGCCCUCUGAAAGAAACGCCUGCUGUUGUCAAAGGGAAGAUUAUAGAAUCAACAGUACCUUCAAAGCAUACUGUAUUGCAUCAAAUUUAUCGUGAACGUUCUGAGCAUGCAGUUGAAGUGAACUUAGCACAACAGGAAGAUCUAAUGUCGGAAGAAUAUGCAGAACGGACAGAAUACAGUUACGGCAAUCGAAUCCGAGAACGAGUCUCGGGUUUUCGUAUUCUUCGACAUCCGCAACCUACUAAAAUGGGGCAAACUCAAAAGGUGGCACCACAAAUCUCCCAACAGUUGAAGCCAGUGCAAGCUGAAAUCGGACGACAGGCGCAGUUUAAUGUGUUAUUCAGCGGUGAUGAACCUCUUACAGUAAAAUGGUUCCGAAAUGGUAAAGAAAUCAAGCCAAGCUUCGAAUUUCAGAUCAAUACUACGACAAAAAGCUCAACUUUGACAAUCGGAAAGCUGAAGGUGGACCACAAUGGUCAAUAUAUGUGUCGUGUAACAAAUGUUGCGGGUGCUCAAGAAUCGAUGGCUAAUUUAGUGGUUGUUCCACCAACAGAACAUGGAGUAGCACCUGACUUCACACAACGAAUGGCUGAUGUUCGCGUUCAACAAAAUGCAUCAUCACAGUUCAAAUGUAUUGUUACUGGCAAUCCUGAACCUAUUGCUAGUUGGUUCAAAGAUGGUAAGCCACUGCCGAAUGACGCACGAUAUCAGAUUAUCAGUGAAGGUAACGAACGUGUAUUGAUUAUAUCCGAUACAUUGCCGCAAGAUGCGGGUAUUUACGAAUGUGUAGUGAAAAAUAGCGCUGGUGAAGCCAGAUGUAAGGCUCGUUUAAAUAUAAUACUGGCAAAAACUGGUAAAGGAGCUGAAGUUGGACCUCGAUUGGAGGCACCUCGAUUCCAAUCCCAAAUACAGCCUGUUGUGGUUGCUGAGGGUGAACCAGCACAAUUUAAAGCAAAUUAUACUGGUUCUCCUGAACCGAUGAUUCGAUGGUAUCGCAAUAAUGAGCCAAUCAAAAAGACGAAAUAUUUCGAAAUGAGUCAAGGUAAAGGUGAGGCGGUACUACGCAUCACGAAGUGUUAUCAGGAUGAUGUAGCCGAAUAUAAGUGUGAAGCAACGAAUCCAGCUGGUAAAGCAACGAGUGUUGCCAACUUACUUUUACAACCAAAAAGUGGUGUUGUAAUGCGAACGACAACUGCGGCAUCUUCUUCUGCAGCUGGGGAUGUACCAAAUAGUACUGUUGUUGACAGCGCUCAAAUGAAGAAAAAAGCUCCAUCUUCUGGCGCACCGCAGUUUAUUUUAAAACUUUCGGAUAUAACCGCUCGACCAGGACACACGGUAAAGUUUGUUGCCGAAAUAUCAGGCAAUCCACAACCGACUAUUGCAUGGCAGUUUAACGGAAAGCCACUUUAUGAUGGACACAAUCAUAAAAUAUCAUUAAUUGGUAAUAAAGCAAUUCUGGAGUUACAACGAAUUUCAGAAGCAGAAGCUGGCGAUUAUACCAUCAUCAUUCGAAAUCCCCUAGGUGCUUCACAGAGCCAAGCAAAGCUUAAGAUUCAGUUCCGAUAG